UAACAAUCAGGGAAAAAAAUUAUGAUUCUCUUAUCUGCUCAUCAGGUUCUUCCUCUAUCUUCAAGAAAUGCCUUAAGACUGAUCUAUUACAUGGAUUCUUUUAUUAUCUAGAUUGUUCUUUGAAUGCUGUUAUGUUGCAUUUACUGGACCUUGAAUAGUCUUGUUAGAUUCUUGGUUUGUUGUUAGUUAUUGUGUAAGUAUGUAGUUGGGUAUCUCCUGCUCCAAAACUGCUUACACUUGUACCUGGGCACUCAUUGUAAACUCAGCAUAGCUGCAUUUAUGCCUAGUUGACUCCUUGACAGCAUGAAUGUUUGAAAUGUCACUUUGACGUCGCUUUAGACAGAAGUGUCUGCUAUAUAUGUAAAUAUAAAAGCCAAUGUUAGUAUCGCUCCUUGAGCAAAGGAUUUGCGAAUAUAUUUUGUGAUAUACGGUAAAGUACUUACCGCGAGACACACAGGCUCUACUAGCUGAUCACCGAGCCCGGUUUUUGCUCAUGCGAUCCGACACUAUGAGAAAAAUGGAACCACACUGGAUUCUGCUGCCUUUUUUUAUACUACAUUUUUGCUGUGCUGGAAUUAGGGCAGCAGAGACAGGCGGACGAUGGAAAAACUACUUGGAUAAGAUCACAGAAGCCACUCGUUCUUACAAGCCCUGUAACCCACAGAACUGCAGCUGUCAUCUCAGAGUUCUGGAAAACGAUCUCCAUCCGUUCCGGGAUGGAAUUUCAGAAGAGGUGUUUCAGGAAACCGUGCAACGGGCCGUGGGGACACACUACCAGGUCAUCGGGAAGAAACUAUUCCGUGAGCAGAGCUGCAUGUUCCCAGCAAGGUGUAGCGGUGUGGAGCACUUCAUCCUGCAGGUGAUAGACCACUUGCCAGACAUGGAAAUGGUGAUUAACGUGCGUGAUUACCCCCAUGUGCGCCACUGGAUGCAUCCAGUCCUGCCUGUCAUGUCCUUCAGUAAGACUCGGGACUUCCAUGACAUUAUGUACCCUGCCUGGACCUUUUGGGAAGGUGGACCAGCAGUGUGGCCCAUAUACCCCACUGGAUUGGGUCGCUGGGACCUCAUGAGGGAGGAGUUGGAGAGGUCAUCGGCACAGUGGCAAUGGAAAGAGAAGGAAUCAAAAGGUUUCUUCAGGGGAUCAAGGACCAGUCCGGAGCGAGACCCGCUAAUCUUGCUUUCGCGGGAGGACCCUCAGCUGGUGGAUGCAGAGUACACAAAAAAUCAGGCCUGGAAGUCAGAGAAGGACACACUGGGCAAACCACCAGCCAAGGAGAUACCCCUUGUAGAUCAUUGCAGAUACAAGUACCUGUUCAACUUCCGUGGGGUAGCAGCCAGCUUCCGCUUCAAGCACCUGUUCCUCUGUGGCUCCUUGGUGCUGCACGUGGGUGACGACUGGCUGGAGUUCUUCUAUCCCCAACUUAAGCCCUGGGUCCACUACAUUCCUGUGAAGCAGGACCUAUCUGACGUCCGAGAGCUGCUCCAGUUUGUAAAAGAAAACAAUGACGUUGCUUAUCAUGUGGCUAAAAGAGGUCAGCAGUUCAUCCAGGAUCACCUGGAUAUGGAAGAUGUAUCAUGUUACUGGGAGAAACUGCUCACUGAGUUUGGCCGUCUGCUGAAAUACAAGCCCAAAAGGAACGCAGCCUACGACCAGAUCUUCAGCAAGACCAUUCAUACAGAGCUGUGAGCAUCACACCCACCGCCGACGGUUGGUCAGGAGCCACUCCGAUUCAGGCCAAGGAUCUGCAUUUUGGCUGAGGGCCACAUCCGGAGCGUCUUCUCCAAUUGCAAAGGAACUUAAGUUUCUUAAGAUGGUCGUUGAAUAGCAACUGAAGAACCAAAUAUGUCUUUUGUUCCCUUGUUUUUUUAUGUUUUGUAAAGGUGUAAGGUUGUACAUGAGAUUAAAUAGUUUUCUUAUAAUGUAUAUAUAGUGCUUUGGUCUGAAAUACGACAGUUCUGUUUUUAGAGGUUUUUUUUUUCCUUUAAUUUCGGAUUAAUUGCCAUUUAAAUAUAUGCUGGAUUCAGACGGAUUUUAUUGCCCCCUUGUGGAUGACGAUAGACUGUUUCAGUAUAUCCAACUGUACUUAAAAUAGCGAUCCAAGACCUGAAAACUUGCGAACGGCAAAGAACUGGUAGAAAAGGUAACUAUAAUCACAUUUGCAACACUGAGAAUCUGGGGCACCGACCAGUGGUAGUAGAAAAAGGAAUGACACCCAUGGAUUUAACAGUGGGGACCAAGUAUCCCCCAUAAUGUAAUAAAAACCUGUUAUUUUGACAUUGCGGGGACCAUUUUUCAGGUCCCCACAAAGAUCUGUGAAUUCAAUCAAAAAAGUAAAAAUG